AUUAUACCCACCUAACUACCUAUACUUUCCCUCCAAAUAUCGGCCCGUCUAUAAAGCGCGCUCCGCUGGCCCGCCGGGUCGCGUUUACUAUUCGUCCGCCGUCCACGCGACACACAGACACCUGUACAUCGCAAACCUCAUCUGACCUAACCGAACCUAUACGCAAUAACCUCCGCGUCCCGCCGAGCACGAAAAACCCCGACCGCUCACCAAGCGCUAUAGGUACACCGCAGCAGCCGCAGCAAUCAUGCGCCGCACCACAGUGACAGUGGCACUUUUACUGGCCGCGUUUUCCGCGGUCGCCAGGGCGGCCAUCAUCAGGACCACCGGCGUCGACUUGCGUAAGUACCUAACUGCUUGUCCACCUGUAUAAUAUCGUACGCGAGUCGGCAUCAAACCCGCUGGCGGCGUGAAGUUUUCUCUGUCUGUCUGACGAACUACGUUUUCGUAAAACCGCGCAAAAACCAGAGCCCAAAAGCAUCAGCAGCUACCACUAAUAACUAUAUUAUAACACGUUAUACUCGACGUUCCUGCACAUCGUAGUUUCCUUUGACAAAUACAUCUAAUGAUAAAAUACCCGUCCGCCCACACGCUUAAUUUGAUCACGAAGCAAAUGCUUGAUGUAUCCAUUUACGCCGCCAUUGAAAAACGGGUCCGAUGUGUAGGUGUAGAUGAAGUGAAUGUUGUCUGUUUUAAAUGACAACCAGUUUGCAUUACAAAAAAAAAAAAACUAGAAAAAAACAGGUUUUUUUGUUUUGUUAUAUUUACGUUUCACACGAAGUUACAUAAUCAAUUUUUACGAACAUUUUUCAUUUUUUGUAAAAAUAUUUAAGAACAUUUUGAUUUUACCAAUAAAUUGUCUAUCGAAUUUAGAUUUUAUUAUUCACAUACUAUAAUGAUAAUUGACCUAAAUUUUUAUUUUUGACAAACACGUCGUGUAGGGAAAGUUUUAAAUCUGUAUUCUGAGACGACCCAGAUGUAUACUAUUAUACGUGCACUGUUCACUGUUUGAUCAAAAGGACACUACCUCACGCAUAUUCAACGUAAAAUUGAAUAGAUUAUUUUCACAUAAAACCCGUUUUAAUGAAACAUGUUUUGUGUUUAUAAGUUAUAAUACUACAUUGCUACAACAAUCUCAAUAAAAGCAUAUUAUAAUCAGUAGCUGUGAAUCCAAGGGGAGCGAUAAGGGCGAUCGUCUCCCCCCCCCCCGUUCACUCUUCAAUAUACUCUUAACUUGAUUCAUCAUUGAGCUUGUAAUAAAUGCUAAAAUGCAUGCCUGAUAUGCAUUUUCAAAAUCACUUCCACCCUCUUCGUUGUCCUUCUUCUCCCGGACCCACUCCUGGUUAUGAGCGCCAGGUUUUAAAAAUCGGAACGGGUGCAUGACAGAAAGGGUAAAUACAUAUAGCUACUCGUUAGAUUAAGAUACUUAUGUGACAGAUACUAUUAUCAUCUGCAACAAAUAUGUGGUAUCUAUAGCCAUCAAAUAGGUUACAAUCCCAGUGGUAACGAUAGCGUCGGUACUGUUAAAUAUUGCAAAUUUAUUAUCAAUUAAAUCGAUUUUUUCAAGCGUAAAAAUUAAAUAAUGAACUGUAAUUAAAUUAUAUUACAUCCAUAUUCUAAAUCCGUUUGCCCUCUAAAAUGUUCUGACGGGUGUUCAAGCUCUCGAAAUAUAAAAGUUAAUGAAUUAUAGCCGUAGAUUUAUUUUAGAACCCGAAAAUCGUAAGCGGUCGUGUAUUCUACGUUUAUUUUCUCUUUGGAUACCUGUAUAGCCUAUAUAUGUAUUACAUACUACACACCAAUAAUAUACACCGUGAAAUCGUUAAACAUUUCCUCAAUUCAUUAAAACCUACUAGGUAACCUAUUAGGUAUUAUAGUAUUAAUAUUUUAUGAAAACUUUUAAAACAAAAUACAGGCAAAAUAAUUUUAUAUUAAUGCUUAAACAAUAAUAAUUGUUAAUUUAACCAAUUCUUCUUGCCUAUCUAGGAAAUUAGUGGAAAAUUGUAUUAUUCGUGUUUAUCAAUUUUUAAGUACAUUAAAUUUCUGAUACGUCUUACAACGAAUGGAUAUAAUAAUGUUUAAAAACUCGAUCGAAUAGUUCGCGGAUAAUUAAAGGCACGGUGUUCGUUGGCAGUGCGCAUAACACGACAGAGUGCAGGGAGAGUUUAAUAUGGACGAGGAAAAUGGAUUAAAAAAACGAGGCGUGUAUCUACGAUAUAGUAACACGAUGUGGAACUUUUAAAAUACUCGUACUUUUGUCAAUGGGUACAAUGGGUAUUCGAAUUACGUCCGAAUUUUGUUGUAUAGUAAUUUUGUCGACGACAAUCCCGAGUUUGUAUGAAUCACGAUGGAAACACGUGUUAGAAAAUCAACGUCGCGGAUUUACGCGGGACACAAUUAGCGUUUAGUUGUUGUUGUUGUAGUUGUCACGUUUCAUCGGCUCAUGAUUAGUUUGUAAAUGGAAUUAUUAAAUAUUUUACCGAAUGAAUUAGAAAUAAAAUAAAAUGGCCGCCUUAUUACGAUUUGAUUAAAAUUGUUGAUGGCGAGAACGCGAAAGUUAUUACCCGUGUACGGUACACAAUUUACAUUAUAACUGAGUACACUAUGUAGGUGUAUAGUACAUAAUUAACUUGAAAUAUUUGGAAAUAAUUAACUAAGGAUGUCGACUGAUUUCCAUUUUGUUUACAUAUUAUUACGUUUACAUAUACUUCCAUAGAAUAAUAAUUGCUAAUGAUUGCAUUGUUCAUGUUCUAUAAUAAUAAUUAAUAAUUAUAAUACCUAUUUAUUUAUUUAUUUAUUUAUUUUUACUAUUUUUUUUUUUUAAUUUUUUUUUUUUUUUUUAAUAGCGUUAUAGCCAAAAUGAAACUAUUAAACAAUCUUUUUUUUUUUUUUUUAAUAACAUUAAUGUUAAAACUUCCCGUACGAUGAUGUUUCAUGGUCACGGUGUGUGUAAUAUACACAAUUAUUAUUAUGGAUGAUCAAUGUUGAAAAACUAAACGUCCUUCCGCUCGUAUAACUUCCCUAUUUCAGUGUAUAUUAUAUAAAGCGUAUAUUCGAUAAAUUUAAUGUACAUAUAUAUAUGUUGAAAACGGAAAAAAAAUAAAUAUCAACGCGCCUUCUAUUACAUCGUAGUAAAUUUAUACCGUUUUAUACUAAUUUACGAAUUGAUUCGAAAUAGAUCGAGUUGCCGCGGUAUAAAUUCGAAAUACCGCCGUCGUUCGUUCGGAUUCAAUAUAUUAUUGUUUUUUUCCUUUUUUUUUCCUUUUAACGGAAAACGUCCGCGUUUUUACCUGUACUAUAGAACGCGCAAUAUAGUAUUACUAUUCUCGACACAGCUGAAACGCACUAACGCUAUAAGCAAAACUAAUUUGCAUUUGAAAAUAUCAAACCGGUGUCAAAUCGGUACGGAACACAAGAAUAUAAUUACACAUUAUUAUUAUUAGGUAUAAUAAAUAUGUACCGUUUAAUUUAUUAACAAUGUCGAAAUCGAAUGUAUUUUUUUUUUUAAUUACAUAUUAUUGAAAAUAUUACAUAUUCGGUAAUUGAAAAAUAAAAUUGAUAUUAUCAUAAUUCGUUCGACUAGUUCUUGCAGCAGUGUUUGCCCGUUACUCUCGGCGGUAAACAAUAAUUACAUAAAGUUUCGAAAAAUCCGGUUUUCAAACUCGUAUUUACUUGACACAGUUACACGGACGUUUAUUAAAUCGGUUUUCUCAAUACCCGCGUCUGCUGCAAACAAAACAAAUACGUUAAACUUAGCAAAAUAGUGCCUAUAGAAAAUACGUAUACACUUUCGGCUAGUUCCGAAUUACCCAUAUCUACGUCGAAACUACGUUUAAAAAUGCGGACUUUUCGCCCGGUCGUUCCCCAUCACAGUUUUGAUGGGAAGUGAUGCCGGGUACAUUGGUUUUAUUUUUGUUAUUUCCACGUUAUCUUUGCGAAAAAACGCGACAAUAUAAUACUGUAUUGUACUAUAACCUUACCAGGUUAUCGAGCUCCGCUUAGAAUCGGUUUUUUGAUUUCGAUGAUUUAUUAUCUUUGCUUUCAGUAUGUAAACGAAACUAUACCCAAUAAUAUCAUAUAAAUAAGCUAAAGCUUCAAAACUUCCUAUUUACAACACACCCAUAUCGAUGGUGCGAAAUACGUCAGGCUUUUUUACGAUUCCGAGUGUAACGAAAAAGCUAUUACAGUUGUAUUGAAAUAAUAUGUCGUUUGUUCACGGCAAACACUUUUUCGGUUAGUGGAAAUGCUGCUCAGUUUUCUUUUUCAUCGUAACUUAAGAGAUGCGGAUUUUUCGCUUGACGGUAUAUUAAAUUUGAAACAAUUUUUCAAAUUCUUAAAGAUUUUCCACAAAAUUGCUUUUAAUAUUUUUAUUUCCCCAACACUGUUUUGCUUGUAAGUAAAUGUUCUAUUUUUUCAAGCCAGAUCUAGAAUGAUGCAGAAUUUCUGCCCAGUGGUAUCAUGUUUGAAACGUGUAUCGAAAUUUUCAAUAGUUCGCGCGUUAUGAACAAACCCUAUAUAAGUUCUUUUCCUCGAAAAACAAUUUUUCGGCUAGUAAGAGUAGACUAAAUUAUUCGCAUCGUACACCGUAAAAGAUACGGAUUUUUCGCCCGAUAGUGAAGACUUUAUGAUGCGAAAAAAAUGUCGCCUGUGAAUUUCCUACCGGGAGUCCAGACACGGUUUUAAAACCGUCGGUACGGGUGUUCCGUAAACAACACCUGCAUGCGUUCCGUAACUGGGUGAUUGGGUGUCUGGCCCAGGUCCAGGACCAAUUAUUUCCAAACGUGACUCUAUACAUAGAUAAACACCGGUAAUUUUACACCCGGGUACAUAACGUCUGCGAAUUGGCACACGCGGCUGGGGCGGCUAACAAUAUGAAAUUGCCAUCGUUCUCCUCGCUGCACAGAUUAUCGUAUUUUGAAAUCGAUGUAUAAGUAUAGACAGGUUAUCCUACAGUAUAAUCGGGAGAGAGUUUGUCGCCGCGACGGUCGGGUUUUCUCUGCGCGCGAAAGACAAUGAAAAGCGGUAAAAAAUAAAAAUACGAAAAAGAAUUACGCGAACGUAAUAAAAAAAAAAAAAAAGUUAAAAAAUUACUCGCGGGGUAUUUGUUAUUAUUAUUAUUAUAAAAAUAAAAUUUACACGCAUUGAUUAUAUUGUCACGGGGGAAAAUUUCACAUUUCACAUAUUAUACAUAAUAAUAAUAUAUAUUAUAUAGGUACUUGUACAAAAAAAGGUGUACGCGUGCACUCCGAGUAUAUUGUAUGUAUCUACCCAGUACUCGUAGUUACAAUGUUAUCUAUGUAAUAUUACGAUCAUAGCGAUAGACGUGUUGCCUGUAGCAAAACAAAAAGAAAAAAAAAUUAAAAUUAAUGGUUUCACUCUGUAUAGUACAAUGUAUACCUAUGUUUUUUUUUUUUUUUUUUUUUUUUCUGUGCUCGGAUCGUUACACUUUCAUUAUGCGUGCACCGACGUCUCGUAUAAUAUUAUAAUAAGACGGCAUAUUAUACUGAAUAGGAUUAAUGACCGCGGGUUGGACGAGGUCGGAAGAAUGAAAAAAAUUAGAAUAAAGACAAAAAAAACCGACAGUGUUUAUGCCGCAUAAUAUUAUUAUUAUUAUUAUUAUUAUAACCGCGAUUAUACGAGUAAAUAUACUAGUAAAAUUCGAAAGCGAAUACGUAUCGAGUAAAAGUUACUUAUGCCGCAGAAAAAAAAAAAAAAAGACCACAAGACACAUUCUAUCUACAAGCCUAUACCACAACUGCGGUUCCCGAAUUGUUUUUUUUCAAGCAUCCCUACAUUUAGACAAAUCGCCUCACGCUUCCCGUAAAUUAAUGUGAUUGAAUAAUUUCAUUGACGUGGAAAACUAUUGUUUUUGCGUUUACUCUCCGCGUCUGUUAAUGGUAUCGAAAUCAGGAAGCAACGUUGUAAUAACUUCACUUGCAGCAAUUACUCGCAACCCACGCAGCAUUAUUCGGACCGAUACAAUUGGAUUACGGCUACUCCUUGAAUGUCUACGAUUCGCACGAAUGUUGUUUCGGCAAAUUCGUUUUUUGUAUGCCGUCUCGGGUUCUAAAAUCCUAAAAGUCUAUGUGGGCGAAUAGACAAACGUGCACAAUGUAUUUAAUUCGCGACUCCCUUGUUAAUCAUCCUGUAUAAUAACAUUAUUUUGCCGGAAAGUCCGUCUGCCGCAAUAACCGUGUUGUUAAAAAUAAUACAAGAAAAUAUUUUUUUUUUUUUUCAGUCAGUUUUAACGACCCUGAAUCGACAUUGUGUGCUCGUCAGCACGCGUCCGUGGAUUGCCACUAAAAUGCGCGUACAUAAUAUUAGUAUAAUUUACGUUUUCUUGAAGGUCAAAUAAACCGACAAUAAUAACUAUGAAAUAGCAGCUAGGCACCUAUCAGAAAUACACGCAGCCGAAACACAAUCUAUGCGCGUAUCGUCCGAGAUAAUAAAAUCUAGUGAAUUUAUGUAAUUAUAAUACGAAUGUUGCCGAAUCAGGGUUGUAAAAGAAAAAGUUUCAUUUUUUAAAUUUUUUUGUAAAUAACAUGGUAUAAUUAUCAUAAUUAUUUUAUAGCAAAAUAACAAUCGAACAAAAUAUUACUUCUUCAUCCCAACGUAUAAUGAGAACUGAUUAUUUUCAUAAUAAAUACCUAGGAACUGUAAAUAUUAUUGUUUUUUUCACCGUUUAGAACAUAAUAUUAGUUUUUGAACAUUUUAAACGUUAAUGUGUCAAACGUACCAAACAUAGGGACUCGUUUUAAACACUACGUGACCCUUAUUUGUUGAAUUACAUACGUCGAAUCUUACAGCGUCCACGGAAAACGUAUACCCAAUAACAAUGCAAUCUGAAUAACAAUAUAACAUCAUCACCAUAUUAUUAUAAUUUAUAACCUUUCUGUUUGUUUCAUAUGUAUGUACAUAAUAAAACGUUGUUUUUUUGUUGGAAUUGGUCAGUUUUUAACGUGUCGUUUUUAUUAUUUGUUAUACAGCGACUUACACCGACCCGUGCAAAAGAAACGACAAGGACUUUAGCGGAUGUCUGAAGAGAACUCUCCAAUAUUUGAUCCCGAAAUUCGCCAAAGGUAGGUACUGCUUACUGGUAUACGUAUAUUUGUAUACUCAUCAUGACCACGCGAAUAUUGUCAAUAAUUAAUUAUUUAACUAUAAUUCGCCGUUAAUAUUUUAGAAGGAAUUCCUCAGCUGAACAUCACAUCACUGGAUCCGUUCUACUUGAACGAAUACCUGAUGCAUUUUGAAUCUACGCAAAUCGAAGGAAAAGCUCUGUUCAAAGACGUUUACGACCACGGUUUAGGUUCAAUCAAAAUUGUCGAUGUCAGGUUAGUUUCGGUUCAAAUAAUUAAUUACACAUGCAGUUCGCUCCUACUUCGGGGGAAUUAAUUCCACCUUGAACCGUGGAUACUAUCGAAUUAAUAAAUAAUUAUGAAUUAUAAUAUAAUGACGCAAUGAAGUUUCUACCGCUUUACUUUUUUGUAAUGAUCUUCAUAACGAAAAUCUCGGUAUUAACAUCGAUCAUCGAUUGAAAACUCAAUAUACUGCAGGAUAUUCGGAUGAUUAUAAAAUAUUUAGUCGAAACAUUUUUCAUUUUCUAGAGCUCUCAUAGAAGACCCGGAAAAAUUAGAAUUGGAAAUCGAAUUUUACAUGCCAAAAGUAGUGUCCAACGGUAAAUUCAAGGCUGAAGGAAGAAUCGGCCAGAUCCCAAUCAUGGGCAAAGGCGUAUUCAACGUGACGUCGUGUAAGUGCCUUUGUUUAUUGUAAUCGACGUGAUUACCGUUUAUCAACGGGUUUCGACUGUUAAUCGAAUAUUUCGACGAACGAAAACGUGUUUUCAAAGUUCCGUUUUUAUUGCGUAUGUACACAGAUGACGUGACCGGGUCAUGGUUGUUGAAAGGCAUCGCCGUCCAACUGGACGGACAACGGCAUAUGCGCAUUAAGGAUGUCGGCAUGAAAUUAGAUAUCGGCGACAUGAAAAUAUACGCGACCAACAUGAUAAAUGGAAGUCCCGAAUUGAGUAAGUACAAUAACGUUAUACACGACAAAACGUGCGUACGGUGUGCGCUGUGUCGUGCUAAGAGAAAGCUGACGAACACAUAAUAUUAUACUCGUAUAUAAUAUACCUGUUAGUUUUUAUUGCACUAUAACCCAUGCACUCCUAUGUAACACGUCGAAAUUGUGCGUUUGUUCUAGGCCAAAUGGCGUUAACCUUCGCGAAUCAAUUUUGGCGCGUCAUAUUCCAAAUCCUGAUGCCGUACGCCGAAGAGGGUUUCGAAAAAAUCACCAGACCCAUUCUCAACCAAGUGUUCCUGGAGGUGCCCUACGACCAGCUGUUCCCGCCCAGCCGCAAAUAAACCCUCCCCUAUACAUUAUAGAAAGUGGCGCAUCUCUCAGACUUGUACAUUAAUUUUCUCUCCGUAUUAGUUUUUUUUUUCUUUCUAGGUUUAGGUAUAUAAUACGUGUACGUUAUAAUAUUCUUGUUAUAAAAUAACGCGUUACCGAGAGUAUUGCUACUUCAAAUAUCCGACCAGUUAUUUAUUACGUUAAGAUUAGUACUGUAACUAUCCGCAUGACGGUAUUUAAAGCUAUAAGUAAUUAUAAAUUAUUAAUAAUAUUAUUUUAUUGUAUAUGUGUAAGAAAACCGCACAAUAUAUUAAACUGAAUUUUGUUUUCUAUAUAAUAUAUUAUAUUGGCCAUGGAUAAAAAUAAAACUCCUCGACCAUCUUAGAAAACUAUAUUUCGCGUAAACCUUAUACGAUUGUUAAUGCACCUUCCGAGAACCUAAUCAGUGUAUUGAAAACAUAACAAGGCGUACCAAGAUAAAAGUGUACAAAACUAAAAUUGCCUGUCGCGUGUUUGUACUACCACUCAGUGGCGGAUCCAGAGUUGAAUUUUGGGGGAGCUCUUAAAAAAAAUUACAACUAUAAGCAAGAAAAAAAAUCCAAAAAUACUGGAGAUACGUGCAGCCACUG